AUGAAUGAACUCGAUCGACUGGCCAUUGUUUCAUUCAAUAAGAAUGCUUUCGAUCGUUCACACGGAUUGAAACGAAUGAAUGAAUCAACAAAACUCAACGAUCUGAAUGCCGAGGUAAAACGAAAUCUCGUUUUUCAGUUACAAGUGUCGAAAGUGGACGAGGCACAAAAUGUCGAAAUGACCAGUCAACAGCCGAUGUCACAGAGUCAGCCGCAAGAAGAACCAUUAUUGUUUGCCAAUCAAAGCAUUGGUAAUGUGAUAAUCACCUACGUGGAUCCCAAUAGCGAUCUCAUAAUAACUACAACUGCGGUUCCAUUCCAACUAGCUCGAGCUUCUCAUUCAUCAGCCGAUCUUCUUCUAAUAAAUCACACUGUCGAUCUCCAACGAAAUCGAGUGGAAACGGAGAACGUACUCGAGCGAGCGAUGAACGAGUAUGACUAUGGACGGUCGCGUGCUAUUCUCAAAGAUCAAGUGGAAAAGAUCAAGGCCAGUGUGUCCGCGCAAGGUCCUUUCUGCCAACAGCUGAUUAAAGAUCUUGAAUAUCGUUAUCCGUCAGAACGUAAAUAUCGUUCAUCACAUCACAAUAGUUACCAUCAACAUCAAACGGAACGAGGGACAUACACACCAAGUAGUACUAUUAGUACACAACAGUACCUGAGCCAAGAACAAAGCACUCAGGCUGCUGACUUCCAGAUCAAACGUAUGAAACGCAAAUGA